AAAUUAUAACUUCAAGAUAUUAAAUAUCUUCAAUGUUAACUUUUGCUCAUUAUUGACGCUUAUGAAUGGACAAAAGUCCAUUUACUCACUUUUCUUGAUCAUACCACAUGCCAUUCUCAUAACGUUUCUUCUGAUAAAUAAUUCGAAAUUAUCCAUGGCUAGUCGUUUAUAAUACAGUUAAUACAACACGUAGUUUGUUACAACCUUUUAUUAAAAUUCUGUAAAUAUGUCACUCGUAUAAUGAAUCCAUAUCUCCGUACUACGCCUAACACGAUUGAGAUUACAUUCAAGAUUAUUAUUCGUAACAAAAGUUAUACAAUCCUAUAAUAUGCCACAUGGUCAAAGAUCUAUCAUAACCUGCACUUUUGUCAGAGGUUAUUCUGAAUAUCUGUUAGUGUUUAAUUUAUUGUAUAUCUUAUUCAAAGAAUUGGAUUAUGAAAACAGUUCCCUCGUCACAUACGCUCCACAAGUGUCUAUGUACGGUAAGAAAACAACCCUAAUGUUCAAUAAUACUAAUCCAAAAGUUUGAUGACAAUAAUGUGAAGGAUGUCUCCAAAGUGGAUUAAGAUGCUGAUAACCGAGUUCCGUAUUCCGAUGCCUUUUACUUUGGACGAGUACCAAAGAGGCCAGAUGUACACUACAAUUCAAACUUCUUUAUUGGAGUCGUCAAAUGAAGAAGGUGUUGAAGUAUUAAAGAACGAACCGUUCUCGGACAACGCUGAUAUGCCUGAGGGAUACUCUUCGGGAGAUUAUACGAAGAAGGUUUACAACUUUGCUAAUAGAUUCCCUUUUUUCAUUAGAGCUCUGGCUCCAAAGAGUGCCAUGCAGCUCACCGAAGAAAGCUGGAACUCUUUUCCAUAUACCAGAACCAUCCUUACCAAUGACAAAAUGAAAGAAGAUUUUUUCAUAAAGAUUGACACAAUUUACUGCGAGGGGAAACCGGAACAAGAAAACGCGCAUGAACUGAGCCAAGACUUACUGGACACGCGUAAAGUAGUCCAAAUAGAUAUUGCAAAGGAUACAUUGUCUAACGCCUGGAAGAGGGAUACCCCGGAGCCAUCUCAGUUCACUUCCGCGGAGGUGAACCGAGGCCCAUUGGCAACGGACUGGAUACAGACCGCGGAGCCCAUCAUGACCUGCUACAAGCUUGUCCAGGUCAAGUUCAAGUGGUUUGGGCUCCAGCGCACGAUCGAGAGCUUCAUAAUGAAGACGGAAAGGAAGCUCUUCACUAGCUUCCAUCGCUGCAUGUUCGUAUGGAUCGAUGAUUGGUUUGUUUUGACGCCUAACCAGCUAAAGAAUAUGGAAAAUAAGGCAGACAAGCAAUUAAGUGGCACGCCUUCUAGGGGUAUGUCUCGCUACCAAACAAGUGCAUAUACAAUAAAGUGAAUACAUGGAUAAAUACAUUUAUUUGCGGGCCUUUUGGUUCUGAUAACGUUCACUUAAAAACUAAAAAAGUGAAUUUGUAAAUAGUUUAAAGACAAAUUUAAUAUUAUAGAUUAAACAAAUGGAGUUCCACAAAAGUCAACUGUGUACAUUCAUUCUAAAUAAUAAGAUUGAAUUAGAGAGGAAGUGCAUUGGAUG